AUGGGGCAGAUAAUUAUGCUGCUCGGUCUCUUUGUUCAGCUGCUCUUCCUCGGGUUCUUCCUCGGGUUCUUCCUCUGCAUAUCGCUAGUAUUCUGGCAACGCAUGUCGAAGUCAUCAAAGCAAUAUGCCAUCCUUCAGUAUGGUAAGCACACGUGGGACCAGCUAUUGAAGAUGGUAGUGCUUGCUGCAGUCAUCAUCAUCCUUCGGUGCAUCUUUCACGUCAUCGAAUUCGCGCAAGGACACAGUGGCUACCUCGUUAGCCACGAGAUAUUCAUCUACAUCUUCGAUGCAGCGCCUAUGUUGGUGGUACAGAGCAUGAUGCACUUUGUGUACGCGGCGAAAGUCUUUGGUGUUGGAAGGUUCUCAAGACUAGGGAAGAUCGAAAGCGUCAUCGAUCUGUAUCGAAGGGAGCAGGUACGAGGUCUCCAGAAGUAG